AUGUUUAAUCAAUCCAAGAGGGCUCUCUCAUACAGGGCAUCUCUUCUUAGAAGAACCUAUGCUUUGAACAAGAGAUUUGCUUCUGGUUUUACUGCACAAGAAACAAAGUUGUUACUUAAUAAGAUUCAUGAUGACAAAAUUGGAGAGUCAGUCAAACUGUCGAGUAUAUGGAAAACCUCCAGUGUUGAAGUCACUCCAUUUGUGAAUCCCCAUUUGGAGACAUUAUUGAAAUCAUCGAAAAAGUCCACAAAUAUUGGGGAUUCCCAUAAUUCUAUUAAAAAGGACGAUACUGCUGAUAAGAAGAAGGACGACGAACCAAACAACAAAGAUCAGGAUAAGAAUGAUGAUAACGACAAGGGAAUCACCAAAAGGGAAAACCAUUCUAAAUUGUCUAGUGGCUCAAAUGCGGCUGCCUCAAAUCUUUCAGGUCCAUCUACUCCAGGAGAUAGCGGAGAUGGUGAUGAUUCCAAAGGUGCCAAGCCAAAAUCAGCGAGAUCCACCUCUUCAUCGACUUUAGCUGAAGUUCCAGAAGUAUAUCCUCAAAUAGUAGCCUUGCCAAUAUCGCGUCGUCCACUCUUCCCUGGAUUUUACAAGGCAGUCAUCAUUUCUGAUGUCAAUGUCAUCAAAGCCAUUAAAGAGUCGUUGGAUAGAAAGUAUCCUUUUAUUGGUUGUUUCUUAUUUAAGGAUGAAAAUAUGGAAAGUGACGUCAUAGAAUCAAAAGAUCAAGUUUUUGAGACUGGUGUGCUGGCUCAAAUCACAUCUAAUGUUUAUACUAAGGAUAAAGAUACUGGUGUGGAAACCUUAACGACUGUUUUGUACCCCCAUAAAAGAAUUAGAAUAGAUGAACUUUUCCCACCCUCAGCUAUUGGUAACGAAAAAUCAGAUGUUUCUACUGUUAGUGUCUCUGACGCUGAUAUCGAGGUUAAGGCUAAGAAGCAACCAAUUGAGGGUAUUAUUGGCGAAAAAGAAGGAGAUGAACCAAUUAAUCCAUCAGAUAUAUUAAAUGAUGAACAAAAUUCUUCUGAAACCUUGAUUGAACAACCACAUGAACCAGUAGUUGUUGAAGAAGAAAACCCAACCGAAUUCUUGAAAAAGUAUCCAAUUACUUUAGCAAAUGUAUCUAAUGUUGAAGAUGAGCCCUUUGAUAAAAAUGAUGUGGUUGUGACUUCUCUAACUGCUGCCAUAUUAGAUGUUUUAAAAGAAAUGUCUCUGGUCAACAGAUCAUUUAGUGACCAACUAGCAACAUUUAGUGCAUCCCUUCACAGUGAUAUUUUUAAUUGUCCUGAAAAACUAGCUGAUUUUGCUGCUGCUGUUACCGCAGGUAGUCAAGAAGAUCUACAGAAAAUUUUAGAUUGCACCAAUAUUGCAGAAAGGUUAGAAAUGGCAUUGACAGUGUUGAAGAAAGAACUAAUGAACAAAGAAAUGCAAAAGAAAAUCGAAAAAGAUAUUGAGGAAAGAAUGUCUAAAAGACAUAGAGAAUACCAUUUAAAUGAGCAAUUAAAGUGGAUCAAAAAAGAACUAGGUAUUGACGAUGGUAGAGAUAAACUAAUUGCCAAAUAUAAUGAAAGAGUCAAGAGUUUGAAGAUGCCAGAAGAAGUCAAAAAAAUUUAUGAUGAAGAAAUCAACAAACUUCAAACCUUAGAAACAGUAAUGUCUGAAUUUACGGUGACCAGGAAUUACCUUGAUUGGUUAACCCAAAUUCCUUGGGGUAAACAAUCAGUUGAUAAUUAUAACAUCAAAAGAGCCAAGAAAGUUUUAGAUGAAGAUCAUUAUGGUUUGAAAGAUGUCAAGGAUAGAAUCAUUGAAUUCAUUGCUGUUGGCAAACUUCUAAAUAAAAUUAAUGGUAAGAUCAUCUGUUUUGUUGGUCCACCGGGUGUUGGUAAAACAUCUAUUGGUAAAUCGAUUGCAAAAUCUUUGAAUAGGGAGUUUUACAGAUUUUCAGUAGGUGGUUUGAGUGAUGUUGCAGAAAUUAAGGGUCAUAGAAGAACCUAUGUUGGAGCAAUACCGGGUAGAGUUGUACAAGCGUUGAAGAAAACUCAAACAGAGAAUCCCUUAAUUUUAAUUGAUGAAAUUGAUAAAAUUUCUCAUUCUCAUUCUGUCAACGGUGGUGAUCCAUCUGCCGCAUUGUUAGAAUUGUUAGAUCCAGAACAAAACGGCACGUUCUUAGAUAAUUACAUGGAUAUUCCAAUUGAUUUAUCCAAGGUACUAUUUGUUUGUACUGCAAAUACCCUGAGUACAAUCCCAGGUCCUUUGUUAGAUCGUAUGGAGGUCAUUGAAAUUUCAGGUUAUAUUGAAGACGAAAAAAUCAAGAUUGCUGAAAAAUAUCUAGCUCCAGAGGCAAAGAAGAAUACAGGCCUAGAAAACGUCAAUGUGGAACUAAGCGAGUCUGCAAUCAGAGCCUUAAUUAAAAAUUACUGUAGAGAAUCUGGUGUCAGAAACUUGAAGAAACAAAUUGAUAAGAUAUAUAGAAAGGCUGCUCUAAAUGCCGUUGAAUCUGUAGGUGAAGAAGAGAUUGAUGAGAUUAUUGCUGAAGAAAAGGAAGCACAUGCAACUGAACCAGUUGUUGACGCUGCAACUGAGAAAGCUGAGAAGACCUUAGGAAAAACAGACAAAGACUCAAAGGUUGAGGAGACUGUGCUUGAUAAAAUUGAGAAAGAAGGAGAAGAGGAAACCGUUGCAACAGGAGCAUCUGAAGAGGAACCUAAGACUCCCCAAAUAGUUAUCCCAGAUACCUAUAAAGCAGUUAUUGAUGAGAAAAAUUUGAAGGAUUAUGUUGGUGUUCCGGUAUUCACUGCAGAUAGAUUAUACGAAACGACGCCACCAGGUGUUGUUAUGGGGCUAGCGUGGACAUCCAUGGGUGGUUCUGCGCUAUAUAUUGAAUCGGUAUUAGAGCAUGCAAUUACUAAAGACUCUCAUUCUAAGCUAGAAAGAACUGGUCAGUUAGGUGAUGUCAUGAAGGAAUCUGUAAGAAUUGCUUACUCAUUCUCCAAGAUGUUUUUAACUAAAAAUUUUCCCGACAAUAAGUUCUUUGAUCGGGCGCAAAUCCAUUUACAUUGUCCUGAAGGUGCUACACCAAAGGAUGGUCCAUCUGCUGGUAUAACAAUCACUUCAUCGUUUUUGUCUUUAGCGUUUAACAGACCAUUGAGACCAGAUGUUGCAAUGACGGGUGAAAUUACCCUUACCGGUAAGGUUCUCAGAAUUGGAGGUUUGAAGGAAAAGACAAUUGCUGCAAAGAGAGCAGGGGUCAAAACAAUCAUUUUCCCUAAGGGCAAUGAAUCUGAUUGGAAUGAACUGCCUGAAAAUGUCAAGGAAGGUAUAACUCCAGUUCCUGCUGAUUGGUACCAAGAUGUGUUUGAUGUUUUAUUCCAAGACAUUGGUAAGGAAGAAGGUAACAAUGUUUGGAAGGCCGAAUUUGAUAAGAUUGCCGAGGAAGAGAAGAAGGAGAAAGCAGAGAAGUAA